AUUAAUAUUUUAAGAAAUGUAUUUUAAUAAUUUCACAAUUAUAAUAUUAAAUUUUUAUAGUAACACUUUUGAGAAAUUAUCCCAUUAUAUUAAGUCGAUUAUAUAUUUCAUACAUUGCGUAAUUUGAUUACGACAAUCUUGUGGCCUAGAUCAUGUGAAAUGUGUAGCAAUUAGCUUUCCACAUUUACAUAUAUACCAAAAAAAUAAAAAAAUUUGUGGUAGAACAUAAAAUACGUGAUCAAGGGAUUGACAACGAAUGUGAUAAUAACACAAACUAUUUUUUAUUUACAAAUAUUAAGUGCCAAAUGAUUGAUUUAAGAAAAACAUUAAAAGAUAUAAUAAAUACAAAUGCUAUAUCUUGUAGUUUCGAAAUCAUGCGUGUAAAAAACAAUGAUUUCUAUCAAAGAAGUGAAUAAAUAUCAUCCAUCUUUUUAUACAUUGACAUGGCAUAUUAAAAAUGAUAUGAAAGAUUAUCUGUCUUUAGAUGUAUUUAAUGCACUUCCAAAUAAUACACUCCUCCAUCUUAUAGCUAACAAUUUAACUCCCACUGAUGUAAAAAUUAUAUUAAAGAAAGCAUUAGAACGUGAUAUACGUAACAUAUUUGUUUUAAGGGGUGAUUCAACAAAAUCAAAUGGUGAAUUUCCACAUGCAGUUGAUUUAGUACGUUUCAUAAGGAAUCAAUUUGAUGAUAUAUUUUGUAUAUGUGUUGCUGGUUAUCCAGAAAUGCACCCAGAAUCAUCAUCUAAAGAAAUGGAUUUAAUUUAUUUGAAAGAAAAAAUUGAUGCGGGCGCAGAUUUUAUAAUAACACAAAUUGUUUUUGAAGCAAAUAUUUUUAUUAAAUUUGUGAACGAUUGUAAGAAAAUUGGAAUUAAUGUUCCAAUAAUCCCAGGUAUUUUUCCAAUUUUGAAUUACAUGUGUCUCCAAAAAAUGGCAAAAAUUUGCAAUAUUAAAGUACCUAAAAUUAUUUUAAAUACUCUGGAAUGUAUAAAAGAUAAUAAUGAAAAAGUACACAAUUAUGCAGUAGAAAUAGCUACAAAUAUUAUAAAAGAAAUAAUUGCAAGUAAAACUACUUGUGGAUUCCAUUUUUUCACAUUAAAUAAACCUUCAUUAUCAUUGGAGAUAUGUGACAAACUUGGUAUUUUCUGUUGAUUAUUUAAUUAUAGAAGAGGUUUCAAUAAACAAACAAUUAUAUUAAGGCAACUAAUAGUAAAUGUAAGAGUCUACGUAUAAUAUUUUACACAAAUGUAUCACAAUAGAUUUAAAUAUACGCGCUAAAUUUGACAUCAAUUACCAAUUGUCAAAAUUCCCUAUAUUGGAACA